AUGCCGCCCGCCAAUUCGCCUGACCCGGAACCCACCUUCAUCUCGGCCCUGCGCGAGCUCGAGAGCCCCGUAAACGACGACGUGCUCAACCUCGCCGCAACCCUGGGCACCCAGACGGACCACCAAGAUCGAGACGGCAACGCCGACGACGCCAACCACACGUACACGACCAUCGACAGCCUAGCCACACUGCGCAACGACACAGACGACGAGAUUGAGCGCGCCCAUCUGCACUAUCUGCGAGCCACGCAGGAACACGACCAGGCCCGGUUGGACCGAUCACGCGAGCGCCUGCGCCUGCUGGAGCGACAGCGAGACGAACUGGAGCAGCGCGACCGGCUGCGGCGAGUGAUGAGUCGCCUCAGCCGCCUGAGUGACAACAACUAUGGCGACCGCGUGCCCAGUCAGAAUAGCCUGUAUGACUGGUCGCCCGCCAACAAUGUGCCCCCUACGGCCACGGCCACGGCCACGGCCACGGCUACGACGACCACGGCCGAGAGCUCGCUGAGGUCGACGGCCAUCUUGCAGUCGGCAGGCGUGCGCCGUCAUCCACGCUUCUCCGCGCGCACCAGGGAAGGCGUCACCAGCGAGGCGCCACCACGACACGUUGCCCAUCGUAGCCUGAGGGAGAUGCUUGCCGCUCGAAACAGCCUGAACAACGAAUUGCCCGAACGCGACCGUGAGACAGCCCGCCACAUGUCCAUGCAGCGACUCUCAGACGCCCGGAGCUCGCCCAUGCUCGAGCAGACUGUCAAGUACCUGUCGCGGAUACGCCACUCGAAUACCAUCGAUGAGAGCCUGGAGUGUGCGCGCGACGCCGGAUUUCUCACAAAGGACUACUUCUGCCUCCAGCACUCCGACUUUAUCGCAGACACCUUCACCAUACCGACACCUACCGAGUCAUCGUGGCUAGCACCCGGCGCCGUACUCUCCGGCUGCCAGCAUGCGACGAGUAUAGCUGCCACUGCCUCCAGACAUAACGGCCUCGUGCCGCCCAUCCGGCCAUGGAUAUGGAACCCCAACGAAGCAUCUACCACUCGAUCCUCACAGCUACCCGAUGCCCCACCACAGCAAGAUCGAUGGCCCGUCAAGGUCACCAUACACGACGUAGACUGGGACAAGAUGGCCCUCUCCGCAACCAUGGAAGCGUAUAAUGUGCCUUCCCACCCACACUCGCACUCUAUCCUCAACACAAACUCGACUUCGCCACCAGUCACACGCACAUCCUCCAUAACAACAUACCUCGAAGGCGAAAUCCUAGACUUCAACAACCACACCCUCCUGACAGAGUCAUUCAAGUCAAAUGCCGCAAAUGACGCAACAUACUGGCGCAAACUGCCACCCCUUCAGAAGAUGAGCGACGACGAAGUCCCACCGCCCUCGACCACAAUACCAUCCUUCCCCGAUGGCCCAGCGCGCAAUACCUGGGCCUCCUCCAAUAACAGCUCAACCUACUACCCUCCCACAUCCAACUCCAACCACGCCUCACAGCUCCAGCCGUCACCAUAUCGCAUCGUCCGCAACGCGAACACAGGCCGCGCCGAAGUCGAGAUAACGCCCCAGCCUCUCUUCAACAGCAGUGCAACAAACGAUGCCGAACAUGCGACAUUUGACGACUCGGGCUGCGGGCUUACAAUAAGCGGCUUCUACUAUGUGGCGCUGGAUCGGAGGAAUGGAAUGCUGGAGGGAUUGUAUUAUGAUCCGCAGAGUAGUCCAUAUCAGUGCUUGAAGCUGGAGAGUGUGCGGGGUGGGCUGAGGAGUGCAUGGGGAUUCAGGUGA